AUGUCUACACCACCGAAACGUCCAGCUUUGGGAAUUUCGGGGACCCAAAAACAAGCUCUUCGAGUUUGGGCACAAAGUCAAAACCCCCGUCCAUCGCAAUCCCAAUGUUCUGCUUGGUUUGAACGAACCUAUGGACGAAGCCUCUCCCAAUCGACCAUCUCAUCUAUUCUCUCCAGUAAGUUCGGCCACCUCGAUGCUGGUCCGGCAUCCACUUUAAGACGUCAACUGGCACCGCAAUGGCCCCUCUUGGAAACACCACUUUAUGAAUGGCUCGCAAGCCAAGAAUCCACACCCACGGCCGAUGUUAUUAUUACCAGAGCACGUGAAAUCUGGAAUCAAAUUCCGGAAUACCAGACUCUACCACUUCCUCACUUUAGCAAUGGGUGGUUGAAUAGGUUUAAGAAACGAUAUGCCACCCAAGUCCAUGAUCGCCAAGAUGGCAUGCCAUUGCCCCCACCCCAAACCGGUCGCAAGGAAAUGAGAGCAAUGAAAACGCUAUGCGGUGAAUUCCCAGAGGACGAUAUCUACAACAUGGACGAGACUGGCCUUUUCUGGCGGAAGCCUCCAUUCGGCGCUUCCCCCGCUCAAGACCAAUUGACAACAAAUAGGGAAAAUUCCCGCGUCUGCCUCAUGCUCUGUACAAACAGCACUGGGUCAGAUCGGUUACCCCUUUGGUUCAUCGGACAUACGCAUACACCAGAGGCGCUUCGCAAGGCGAAUCUCAAAGCCAUGGACUGCCAUUGGCGAUAUCACCGGCAGGCCUGGCUGACGCAAUCGAUCAUGCAAGAGUGGCUUCUCUUCUUCUACGACCAUGUAGGGGAGCGCAGGGUUUUGCUUCUGCUGGACAAUCAUCCAGACCACCAAGCUGCCAUUGAGGCUACGCCACCGCCUCCGAAUGUGCAUGUCCAACUGUUUCCCACUCAAACUCACACAUCGAAUGAGCAACAGCCGAUCAACUUGGGAAUUUCUCAGACUCUGAAACACUACUAUCGCAGGCAAUGGCUUGCGUACAUUGUGGCUGGUAUGGAAUUGCCCCAAAAUCCAGUCCACACGAUGAGUCUUUAUCACACUUUAUCUUGGACCACCCGGAGCUGGCGUCACGACGUUGCAAGCGCGAUUAUUUACAGAGCUUUUCGGAAGAGCAGUUUAAUGGACCCGCAGAUUGAGUUCAUCACUGCUCCAAAAUCACCGGAUCUGACGAAUCUCUACGAGACAGUCACACGACACAAUCCUGAUGGUCGAACGGUCACCAGCCUUGAAAACUUCACUCAUCCUGUGGACGAAGAUUUCGAGAGUGUACCAAAUGUUGCCGGGUUUAUCGUUGAAGGUGAACCUACUUUACAGCAACUGGACGACACCAUUGUGUCCAUCCCGCCCGAGCAACUCGUACCUCCUGCUGUAGAUGCAGUUAUUGGGAUGCAGACGGCCAUCCGAUACUUGGUACAUGAGUCUUGGGCCACUGCGAAAGACCUUCAGGCUCUCGAGAGAAUAGAGAGAAUGAUCAAUCGUCUCGCCAUUGAAGAGCGACGACAGGCGCACAUUAGUCAUUCUGAUUGA